AUGCCCUCUGAACGCACGCCUCUCCUCUGGUCCCCUCGCUAUCCCGAUGGCGACACCAGCGACUUUUCCACCGAUCCACAUGCACAGUUCUGCAUGAUGACCGGUGUUCCAUCCUCUGCCCCGACACCUGACGGUAAACCGCGGCCUUCCUCGAAAAUUCCACCAAAGUCCCUGUACGGUAGAGCGCUUCGCCAACUCUCCAAGCAGCGUUUUACAUAUUACAUGACCGCCUCACUGUCCAACACGAUGCUACUGACCCAGGUCGUUCUGGGCGCCGCCUUAACUGCCUUGGGGGCCUCGGAAUCGAGCCACAUACUCAUCACCAUUUUUGGGGCUAUGAACACCAUAAUUGCGGGACUUGUUGCGUAUUUGAAAUCCAGGGGCCAGCCGAUGAGAGCACGGAUGUACCGAGAUGAUUUGGAGAGAGUGGUCGACGAGAUUGAGAACUCGGAGGUGAUGUGGCUGGGCAUCACUACGGGAGUGAAUGGCUAUGAUGAUAUCGACACUGGCGAUAGAAAGAGUGGCGAAAGGGGGGCGGCGGCCGUGACCGUUAGGAGCGAAGUGGCCAGGCUGACCAGACUGUAUGAUCGCGCGGUGAGGAACAACACCGUCAACAACCCGGACAUGUAUAUGACAGGGACCGUGGAUGGGAACUAUGCAGGAGCAACUUUGAGGAAUCGGGCUGCCAUUGGAAGCGGGCCGCCGGUUCCAUUGCCAACGCCGGUUCCAGCACCCAUCGCAGCCCCUGUAAUCGGGACAAAUCCAGGUCCAGCCACUGUGACUGGUUCAUCGCCCGCACCAGCACCACAACCAGUGCAUGAUCCAGACGAAAGCCCGGCCACCGCACCACCCAAACCGAAGGAGGAACCGAAGCCGAAGGAAGAUAAGAAUGAGGAAAAGAAAGAAGCCGACACUAAGGGUAAAGAGAAAGAAGCCAGAGAUUCAGAGAGCGAUGAAGAAUUGUCCGGGGAAUCGUCUGGGGAAUCGUCCGAAGCCAAGAAUUCGCAAUCGAAGAAGAAAGAGGAAAAGGCCGCUGAUGAGCCAGAGCAGAAGGGAAAUGAACAGCAACAAGAGCAACCGCAACAACCGCCACAUGACCCCGACGCAGAGCCUGCCAGCGACCCGAACGUACCGUUGAAGAAAGUGGCCGGCGAUGCGCCGGACGGGGACGACUAG